UCAAACCCGCGCAUUGCUAUUUUUUCCUCACUUUCCUCGUCAUUCUGCGAUCGAAGGUCGAGUGUUUACGAGUAAACUGAAUCAUAACGAUAAUGUCACCCAUCAGCCAAAUACGAUUGGAUGUCGGAGAGACCAGUGACGAAUCGACCCAUUACGCCAAUCACAUUCACAUACUGUUAAUUGUUAUCUCUCGUCGAAAAUGAAGACUCAACGGUCUAUUUUUUUAACAAUAACCCUCGGAUAAGCCGAAAUGUCACAUUGAGCCAAAUUCUCUCGGCUUUCAUGUGACAUGUCAGACAUGGAAACCCUCGUUCCCUCGGGGUUAGGACCCACUGACUCCCUUGUGACACCACCACCGAGGAAGAUGGGAGUCUCCAAGGUGAAGGUCGGGAUUAUUUUUGCGGUGGCGAUUGUUGCUAUCGCUGUAGGGGUGGCAAUGGGAGUGCUCUGGAGUUCAAUAUUCGAUGAAAUUCUCUCUCGUGAACUAAUUCUAUCCCCAACCUCCAAGAGUUUCUCGAUAUGGAAGGAGACACCGAUUCCCAUGUACCUCAAGAUUUAUCUAUUCCACUGGACGAAUCCUCAACUGGUGGGAAAAGUAAAACCACACUUCAUUGAGAAAGGCCCCUACGUUUUCAAAGAAGUUGAUUACAAAGUCAAUAAAACUUGGAAUACUAAUGGCACAUUGACAUUCUAUCAAAAAAGAAUCUGGCAUUUCUUACCAUCAGAAUCUAAUGGUACUUUGGAUGACGAAAUUGUGAAUCUUAAUCCAAUUGCAGUUACAAUAGCCUACAGAGUAAGACACAAGUCAGGACCAAUAAAACAAAUGGUAAGCGGUGCCUUGGAGGUCCUCCAAGAGGGUUUAACAGUCCGGAAAAAGGUCCGCGAGCUGCUCUUCGAUGGUUACGAAGACAAGUUGAUUGACCUCGCUAAAGAACUCCACGUCCCAGGCAUCCCCUGGAACAAGUUCGGCUGGUUCUACGGUAGAAACCGUUCAGAAACGUACGAUGGCACCUUCAACAUGAACACCGGAGCCAACAGCAUGCAAGACCUGGGGAUCCUCCGGGAGUGGAACUACGAGAGGAAAUCGACAAUAUACUCUGGAAAAUGUGGAGAAAUAAACGGAUCCCUGGGUGAUCUCUGGCCCCCAGUGAGGUAUUACGAGGAUGUAUCUGUGUUUGCCCCAGAUGUCUGCACCCUAGUCCCAUUACACGACAAUGGAAUCAUGAAUUUCGACGGAUUGGAGGGGAAACAGUUCAUGGCGACUCCGGAGACCUUCGACAAUGGUAGUAGAGUGGAGUCACGAGCAUGUUACUGCAAAGACGUUGAGUGCCAGCCCUCGGGGACUUUAAACGUCUCAACAUGCAAAUUUGGGGCUCCAGCAUUCGUCAGUCUUCCCCACUUUCACCUGGCUGACGAGAGUUAUCGCAAUUCAAUUGAUGGACUCAGACCAGCCCACGAUGGAUCCCACGACUUCUACAUUCUCGUGCAGCCAGAUUUAGGGAUUCCCCUGCAGGUCAGGGCUCGUCUGCAGUUGAAUCUGCUGAUCCAGCCCAUCAAGCAUAUCAGGCUCUUCGAAAAAGUGCCAAAAGUCUUCAUUCCCAUGCUGUGGUUCAGGCAGGAGGCUGAUCUGUCCUCAGACCUGGGGUCUCAAUUGAAGUUUGUUCUUAUUCUCCCAACUCUGGGGCACGUCACUUUCUUCGGUAUUGCUGGUCUCGGAGUACUCCUUCUCUUUAUUGGGGGAGUUGUCUGCAUAAGGGGGAGGAGAAGAGCAGAGGACAAUCAGAGAUUGAUUGCCAAAACCGAGGGCAGUGGGACUGCUACGAAUGAAGGAUGAUUGAUGGCUCGUAAGAGGAGGAAACGAAAGAGUCAAUUAUAUUUUUUUAAUGCCAGGAGGAGGCGCUCCGAGGGGAAUCCUCACUCUCGGGUUGAACAGUCUUUCUAUUUUUCUUGAAGGUUUUUUAUUUGUAAAUAGGAGUUUGAGGCACAUGUGUUCUUGGGAGGAGCUUGGGGAGAGGGGUAUUAGGAAUAUCGUGAUAAACAAGUGCCUCGGGGGUUGAUCAUGGGGGGAACCUUGAAAAGAAUAUUUCCAAUGCCCGGUUAGAGUAUUAGGGGUUAAUAUACUGUAAUUAUUUGAAAGUUGAGAGAACUAGUUUUCAGGCCUUGGUGGAUUUAAUUGUCAAGGCUUGCCUAAAAUAUGGAGACAAUGAUAUUAAAUAUCUUAACUGAGCAAUUCGUGAUUCAUUACGAAUGUUGAAACACUCUAGGUAGAAUCGUAAGGACAUCGUUAAUCAGUGAAUUAAUUAAUUGUCAACUUAUGCGAGUUUUUUUUUCGUGGCAGUUUAUCACCACUGGCAAUCGUUCGAAUGUGCCUGUUAUACUUAAGUACAUGAAUCGUUCAAGAGCAGUAUCUAUGUACGUAUGAAAAGAUUUGAUGGAAAUUCUCUUGCAUUUAUAUUGGAAAUCUAUUCUUUUUUUUACAGCCAUUCCUAUAGAAAAUUUUUCAACUUUCCUGUGACUCAAUAGAUGCCUUUUUCUCGUGAAUUUUUCUAUUUCAUUUAUUCUGUUGGAAUUUUUUUCUGUAGGAAUUUCUGGACACAAAUUUUCCAAGUUUUGUUUUCUUCAAUUUUGUGAUAAGAAAUAAAAGAGAAAAUACCGGAAAAAAACAUGGAAAAUUUAUGUUUGAGAAUGUUUACAGAAAAUGUCUAAAGAGAGUAACUCUUUUGGAUGUAUUGAAAAUGUAUAUAUUGAUAAAAUUUAAUUUUUGUCCUUGUGACAAAGCGUAAUUUUCAAUCUGAAUCUAUAGGAAAUCUGCGGGAAAAUGGAAUUUUUACUACAUUUCUUAGAGAAAGUACUGGAUUUGCCAUUAAAUAUUUCCAUACGAGCAUGUACUUGCGAAUAAUUAAUCAAUCACCGGUUUAAUCGUCAUACUAACGAAAAUUGCGACUGGUACGAGAAUUGUGAUACCAAAAUGCAUUCUUUCAAUCAAAUAGAAGACUCUUCUUGGUACUUAAUCACCGAGAGCCUCGUUACUGAUAUUGAAUAGAUAGAAAUGUAAAUUUCGAAGUAGGAUAUGCGAAUUAGACAGUUUAUGGUACCCAGUUGAUAGUUAAAAAUAUUGUAAAAAAAAUCAUUAAUGAAACCAUGAAGUUUGUAUAAAUCGUGUAAUUACUGAGAGAACAUUUUUACAGCGUUAGACAGUAGCUUUAUCUUGACCGGUUUCAUUUCGAAUUCCUCGUUGUCUAUUGAAAAAUAUUGUUGCUUGUCAUUCUGAAAUAAAUGUUACCAUUUUUUAUUAAUAAAAGUUGAAAAUUAUUCGGAAGAAACGGAGAUGAGGUCAAUGUCUCAAUGAGAUCAUGAACUAGAAUUUAUUGAGAAACAAGUCAUUUCAACUUAUUCUUGUGUUCUCAUUCCUCUAAAUGAACUGAAAUUGUUAUUUAGUUUUUACUUACUGAAUCGUCUACAGUGUUCGGUAAAAGUUCGAUAUCUUUGGCCUCUACUGUUUUAUUUAUAAGCGUUUUUUCUCCUUUUAUUCUUCUCCAGCCUUCAGCUACGAAAUCUUUGUAACUAACAUAUUCCGGGCCUUCCAAAAAUAACAAAAUAAUGAAAAACAAAACGAAUUAUUAAAUUUGAAAAAUGCUGUGUGUGAGUCUUCCUACAAAUGUCAACAACAAGUCGUUAUGUAAAUGAUUAUUACCUAAAUGUAAUUUAAUAGACGGUGGGCCUUCCUUGACCGGAUUCUUAACGUUACUAGUGAUUAAACUGAGUUCUGUUGCAUUGAUCGGUAUUUCAUUGUACUGCCCACACUUGUCAUUCUUAACUCUUCGGUAAUCGAUUUCGUUCUGGGCGUAGGCUGUUCUUCGUGGGAUGAACACGUGCCACCACCUUUUUUCGGUGCUCUCGGCGCUCUGAUUGUCGUCGUAACAUGUUGAGCAACCACUGCAGGGCUCGGAGUAACGGAGGGUUCCAUUUAUCUCCCAGUUUACGUCUUUCUUUAUGCCACUGAAUAUAUAUGUCAUGUAUCUGAAAGGAGGACAGAGAAUAAUUUUAUUGAUUCAGUUCUUAUGAAAAUUAAAUUAAGGUUCGGAUGGAGUAUCGCAAUGUCCAUUGGAUUUUAGGUAAUAAUAAAAUUACGUGA